AUGGCUGCGGUAGCUCUAGUAGAGACUUCUUCAGGUAAAGAUGUUAUUGCCGAAGGGCUGCUCGACCUACUGAAACCAGCUAUUCAGCAACUCGACUUGCAUGUGCACUCAGUCAGAGAGAGCCAGGUGGAAUUAAGAGAACACAUAGACAAUCUUGCCACAGAGUUAUGCAGGAUAAAUGAACAUCAGAAGGUGGCUUUAGACCUGGACCCCUAUGUAAAGAAGCUGCUGAAUGCAAGACGUAGAGUAGUGCUGGUAAACAACAUACUGCAGAAUGCUCAGGAACGUCUGAGGCGACUCAACCACAACGUAGCCAAGGAGACAGCACGACGAAAGACCAUGCUGGAGGCGUCAGGAGUGUUCACCUCCCGCUCCCCCAGUAAACCCUGAGCCUCCACCUCCUGCUCUGCACAGCAAAUACUCUGGACUGUCCUGACCAGGAGGGACACAUCAAUACAGGAAACUGUAACAUGAGGAAGACAAGUCUUCCUUUGACCUUUAGCUAGCUGUUUGUCUAAUGGCAUGCUCAUGUUCCGCACUGCUUUGUCUGAUGUUGUCAUAAUAAAAAGUCAGGCUGCCACCUGCUUAGUGUUAGGCAGCCGCAAAUAA